UUGGUUUAUCAAGAAACCCAAUUUUCUUCAAGCAUCCCAGAGUUCUUGCAUUCUUUGUCUCGUAAAGUCUGAAAAUCCAACAUCUGAUCAAAAUCUCUGCAUGAAGACGCCUACAGGGCGUAAAAAUCAGCGAUAAUGGGGUCCAAAAACAUCAUCUGGAUGAUGUUUUACGCGUAUUUGACACCGUUAUUGAUGAUCAGAGGGACAUUGGCCAAAGAAAGUGAUCCUCGUUCUCUGGAUGAGUUUCUGCAUGUUCAUGCACAAAAGAUUGUAAAAUGGCCACGUUUAGGUGCAUUCUAUAAUAUUCCUCUCCAUUCUAAUUACUCAGGUAUUGAAAUUUCGUAUAUUCAGAUUAACACCUCAAGUCUCUGGACUAGUGGAAUCAAUUCCAGCUUCAUUCAUAUCCCACCAAAAACUCGAAUUAGGCCUUCUGUAGAGAGGCUAGAUAUUGUGUUUCACCAUCUCGGCAAUCUGUCAUCGUAUUACUUCAGUCUGCCACAUCAUAAAUUUAUAACACCUGUGAUUGGCUUCACCGCUUAUAAUGGUGACAGAAAUGCAUCAGCAGCAAAUCGGAGCUCAGUGCACAAACUUAAGCUCGAGGGAAAUAAUACAAUUUUAGUGCAAUUUGAGGAUAGGUCAAUUAAGAAAGGUGAGAAUGGUUCUAAAAAAUGUGUUAGAUUUCAUCCGAAUGGGAAAAUUGAGUAUAGCCAUGUGGUUUCAUCAAAUGUGUGUCACGUUCGCGGUCAAGGCCAUGUUGGCAUUGUUGUGCGUAGAGCAAAGCCCUUUUGGAAGAGGAGGGCGACGAAAUGUUGGGCGAUCGGAUUGGGAGUGGGAAUUGGAGUGUUGUUUUUCGCGAUUCUGGCGGGGAUUUUGCUGUGUAAUUUUGCAAGGAGGAAGGAAGUGAAGAGUAUGCAGAGACAAUCGGAACAGAGUGAGGCUCUGGAGACGGUUUGGGUUGGAGGGACUAAAAUGCCUGCGGCUGGGAGGAUGAGAACUCAGCCGGUUCUUGAAAAUGAUUUUCUUCCUUGAUUGUUUCUCGUUUUGUAAAUUCUUUUUCCUGACGAUGUACGUUUGCUUUGCUUUGGUUUUACAUUGUUCUGUAUUAUACAUGAUACGAGUACUCGGUAGAACAAAAAUUAGAAAAUCGUGUAAUAUUAUAUCAUCAAGAAAA